CCCGUCGUUGUAGAAAUCGACACAGCUGGUGAUUUCUGUCAACGAACUCAACCGGCCUAGCAACUACAAAAUGGGAAGGAAUAAACAAUACUCUAGAUAAUCGCAUAUAAUUGAGUGACAAUAUAUGUUCUUGAAUUUUGCGGUUUUUGUUCUAGUGUGAUUGUAAUGCCUUCAUGUAAUUAGGGUUGACAGUGGUUUAGCUAGCUUUUUGUUUUAAGCUAGCUAACGACGUUAGCCUAGCCCUAGCAAGCUGGCUAACCGUUAGCUUCGUUAGUUUACGAGAAGGCCAAGACUUGCUUGUUUUUUUUUCUUUGUACGUGUUGCAAUAACUAGUUAGCUACCUACUUUUUGAUGAGUGAUAUUCCUUAUUUAUUUUGGAAAAUAACAUAAGUAACGUCAGGCUUGAUGUAACUUAACUUGGCUUCGUACAUCUGAUUUUCUUUUUUUAUGUCAAGUAUUAUAUGUACUAGCUGUCAAAGGAAAGGGGACAUAUAAUAGUGGAUAUUUUACAUCUGACCAUGCUUGUGGAGGCGGCGUGUUGCUGCGGGCCAAUCGGUACUCUGAAAAGAAGUGAUUUGAGUCAACCACAGGUUCACAAACAUCGCCAGCUGGUCUCGAUGUUUUGAAUAUCAUUUGUUUACCUUCGUCGUAGUAUGUAAAGGGUGAUGUUUAACAGAAAGCAAGGGCUACAGUAAGAGUCCGCUUUAAUUCACUUGCUUUGCAGCGUUUCAUAGCGUACUUAUCAGGGCUUGUCCGCGACCCCAUAUCACCAGAUUUGUGUCAGGAACGUUUAGCUUCCAGUUGUGCCUUUCCGCCAUGUCUUGUGUGCAUUAUAAGUUCUCAUCUAAACUCAAAUACGACACGGUCACUUUCGAUGGCCUGAACAUCACUCUAGCUGAUCUGAAACAGCAGAUCAUGGGGCGGGAGAGACUCAAAGCAGCCGACUGCGGACUGCAAAUAACCAACGCACAAACGAAAGAAGAAUACACAGAUGAUGAGGCCCUCAUCCCUAAGAACUCUUCGGUUAUCAUUAGAAGAAUACCCAUUGGAGGAGUCAAGAUGACAAGCAAAACGUAUAACAUUGACCGAUCUUCAGACUAUCCCUUCGGAACCUCCAGAGCAAUUGAUGAUCAUUCUUCUAUAUCACUGGCCCAGCUCUCUAAGACUGCCAACCUUGCCGAGGCCAAUGCAUCCGAGGACGACAAGAUCAGAGCCAUGAUGUCACAGUCGAAUCACGAAUACGACCCCAUACAUUACAUAAAGAAGCUGACGGGUCCUCCUCCAGCCAACUACACCUGUUAUCGCUGUGGCAAGAACGGACACCACAUCCGUAACUGUCCUACCAACGGGAAGGACAAAGGCUUUGAGCCAGCCCAGAGGAUAAAGAAGAGUACUGGGAUCCCCCGUUCCUUCAUGAUGGAGGUGGAUGACCCAUCAAUCAAGGGUGCCAUGCUGACCAGCACUGGACGCUAUGCCGUCCCUACCAUAGACGCUGAGGCGUACGCUAUCGGCAAGAAGGAGAAGCCUCCGUUUGUCCCCAAAGAUAAGUCCAGCUCUGAGGAGGAGGAUGAUCCCAUUCCUGACGAGCUGCUCUGCCUACUCUGCAAGGACCUGAUGGCUGAUGCCGUGGUCAUCCCCUGCUGUGGCAACUCGUACUGCGACGACUGUAUCCGUACAUCUCUGCUGGAAUCUGAGGAACAUGUGUGUCCCACCUGUAGCCAAUCAGACGUCUCGCCUGACGCCCUCAUAGCAAACAAGUUCCUGCGGCAGGCGGUGAACAACUUUAAGAAUGAGACUGGUUAUACGAAACGCAUGAAGAAGGGAUCAGCCCCGCCCCCCACUGCUCCCAGCCCUAUCCCCACUCCCCCUCCUCAGCUUAAGUCCCGCCCUCAGCGACCGCUGCAGCCUAUCAGGAACCAACAGGACCCUCUCAUGCCCCGCCCUCAAGCCUCAGACAUGGAGCCAUUGUCUCAGAAGCAACAGGAUGGCACGUCCCCCAGGACAGGGGAGCAUGGUUACUCCUCCCACUUGGCUGGUGGCCCAUCAUACUCAGCUGCCCUCCCCUCACAGAAUCCAACCAAUCACAACGACAUCCUGAUGCCAAAAGAGCCACAGGCUAUGAUGGGUGCUCAGUCCAUGGUGGGCCCUCCUGACACCGCCCCACCCACUGCCCCUCCACCCUCUGCCCUCAUGGCCAAGGGCUACCAUGUUCCAGUGUUGGCCCAACCCAAGCUCCAGCCCCAGCCUCUUAGUCACUCCCUGCAGAGGACAGCAACAGGUCCCCCUCCUGGUCCUCCGCCCCCCAGAAUGUCUGACAGCCACCUCCACUGGGAUAGGUGUGUAUCAGUCUGGCUCUAUAAGGCUGUGUGUGUCUGUGGGUCUACAGGUCUAUGUGUGUCUGUGGGUCUAUGUGUGUCUGUGAUCUAUGUGUGUCUGUGGGUCUACAGGUCUAUGUGUGUCAGUCUGGCUCCACAGCAGGUGUGUGCGCGCGUGUGUCUGUGUCUGUCUGUAAGUGUGUUUGUCCUGUUUCCAUGCCUGCCUGCCUGUCAGAUUGAAUAUAUGUGCUGUAUUCACACCUCACUAAUGAUGUCAUGUCCUCUUCUCCUGUCUCUCCCAAGUCAUGGCAGGAACCACAACUGUCCCCCUCCUUCCCAGCCCCCUCCCUCCCAACCACCUCCCUCCCAGCCCCCUCCCUCCUCUGUGCCUCCCCCUCUUUUCACACCUCCCUCCCUUUUUGCGUCCCCCCACCCCCAGCCCCCUGGUGUCCGCACUCCCCAGUACCCUUCUCCUCAAUACCCCCCUGGGCAACAGCCUCCCACCAGCUACCAUCUGCCCCCUCCUGGCUACCUGCCCACCCCAGGAGUCAACAACCCCCCCUGGGCGCCUCCUAACACCCAGCCCCCACUCACUGGUAACCCCAUCCCCUCCCUGUCCUCCUCCUUCCUUUCCAAAGAUGAGUUCUACAAACAACAGAGAAGGCUGAAGGAUGAUUCCCACGGACGCUUUGUUAACCGAGAGAAGUCAAAGCUGGAUGAGUUCACUAACGACUUUGCCAAGGAGUUACUGGAAUACCGGAAGAUCCAGAAGGAACGACGGCGCUCCUACUCAAGGUCCAGAUCGCGGUCCAGGUCAUCCUAUAGCAGCUCCUCCUACUCCAAAUCCCGCUCUCGUUCCUACUCCCGCUCUUCCAGUCGCUCCCCCUCCCGUUCUAGAUCUCGUCCCAGGUCUUACUCCCGCCGCUCCGGACGCCCUCGAAGCUACCGCUCCCGUUCCCGCGGCUACCGCCGGUCGCGCUCGCCUCCCCCCUACCGGGGCCGAGAUGAACGGGGGAGAGGAGGGUACCGGUCCCGCUCUAGAUCACCAGGCCCGGGGGGCUACAGGACACACACCCCUCCAGUACCCAGCUCAAAGAAACCAGCUCCUACCGGGCCGCCUCCAGAGGGAGAGAGAAAAUACCCGGGUCGGGCGUGGGAUUGGGAGAGUAAACCGGCUGCCUGUGGGCGGGACCCGGACAACAGUGACCCGUAUGAGAGGGACCGGUACCUCGAGUGGGAGAGGGAAUACAGGGAAUGGUAUGACAAAUACUUUGGCAAAACCUACGGCUCCCAUAACCCUCCUCCUGCUACCCCCCCUCCUUACCGGGGACAACCUGCCCCCCUUCCUGUUCCCCACUCAGCUGGACGAGACCACUACAGCCCCGCUCCCCCCUCAGACCGCUACCCCCGACACCACAGACACCGAAACUCCUCCCCCUACAGUCGAGGAGGGAGACGAGGGGAGGAAUACCUCCCUUCCCCCGCACACCCCUCCCCCAGGGGCAGAAAUCAGCCAAUGACAUACCAGGAGAAGUGUGCCGAGCAGUUUGGGCACCUACCGCCGGUUUGGCCAGCCAGUCAGGAUCCUCAGACGUCACCAAAGAUGGAUAAAGGUGACCGGGAUCCAGUGGUCACCGCUACCACGGCCAGUCUCACGGUAACCUCCGACCUAAAGGUGCAAAAGCAUGGCAAGCAGAAGAAGAGGAGGAAGACUGAGAAGAGAGGAGGGAAGAAUGAGGGGGGGGGGGGGGGAAGGAGAUCAUCAUCUGUAAGUGCAUCUGACUCUGCGGAUGACGCCCGCAAGGAGAAGAGGACAAGGAGUGCUCCCGUUGGCUCGUCAAGCCACAACGACUCCACCCCAGUACGAGAUGAGCCAAUGGACAGUGACGCAUUAGUUCCAUCUUCACACAGAUCUGACAAGGCUGAUAGGUGGACCUCGGAAAGGAAUGAGAACAGGGAAAGAGUGUCCAAACGCAGACCAAACUCCAGCACUGCCAAGAUAGACCCAUUGUCAAAGAGCUUUAAAGGUGCCAGAGAGAGAGACUCAGAAAUUGACCGAGACAAGAGCACCCCAGCCAGAACUGACCGAGACAAGAGCACCCCAGCCAGAACUGACCGAGACAAGAGCACCCCAGCCAGAACUGACCGAGACAAGAGCACCCCAGCCAGAACUGACCGAGACAAGACCGCCCCAGCCAGAACUGACCGAGACAAGAGCACCCCAGCCAGAACUGACCGAGACAAGAGCACCCCAGCCAGAACGGACCGAGACAAGAGCACCCCAGCCAGAACGGACCGAGACAAGACCGCCCCAGCCAGAAGUGACCGAGACAAGACCGCCCCAGCCGGAAGUGACCGAGACAAGACAUCCCCAGCCGGAACUGACCGAAACAAGACCACCCCAGCCGGAACUGACCGAGACAAGACCGCCCCAGCCAGAACGGACCGAGACAAGACCGCCCCAGCCAGAAGUGACCGAGACAAGACCGCCCCAGCCGGAACUGACCGAGACAAGACCACCCCAGCCGGAACUGACCGAAACAAGACCACCCCAGCCGGAACUGACCGAGACAAGACCGCCCCAGCCAGAACUGACCGAGACAAGAUCUCUUUAAAUGAGCCAUUAUUCAAACAGGCAAAAGAUGAGUCAAACUCGUCCAGCCCCAGCUCACCUCAGAGACAGAUGCAAUCCCAGUCCCCGGCAUCCCCAUCUAUAGAUCCAAGACAAGCUUAUUGUAAAUCAGACCAGUUUAAACCAGUCAGAACUGACUCAGUCCAGUUUAAACCAGUAAGAACUGACCCAGACCAGUUUAAACGCGUCAGAACUGAGCCAGACGAGUUUAAACAUGUCAAAACUGACCCAGACGAGUUUAAACGCGUCAGAACUGACCCAGACGAGUUUAAGCGCGUCAGAACUGACCCAGACGAGUUUAAGCGCGUCAGAACUGACCCAGACGAGUUUAAACGCGUCAGAACUGAGCCAGAUGAGUUUAAACGCGUCAGAACUGAGCCAGACGAGUUUAAGCGUGCCAGAACUGAGCCAGACGAGUUUAAGCGCGCCAGAACUGAGCCAGACGAGUUAAAGGGCGUAAGACCUGACCCAGAUGAGUUAAAGGGCGUAAGAUCUGACCCAGACGAGUUAAAGGGCGUCAGACCUGACCCAGACGAGUUUAAGCGCAUCAGACCUGACCCAGACGAGUUAAAGGGCGUAAGACCUGACCCAGACGAGUUAAAGGGCGUCAGACCUGACCCAGACGAGUUUAAGCGUGUCAGACCUGACCCAGACGAGUUUAAGCGUGUCAGACCUGACCCAGACGAGUUUAAACGUGUCAGACCUGACCCAGACGAGUUUAAGCGUGUCAGACCUGACGCAUUCGAGUUUAAGCGUGUCAGAACCAACCCAGACGAGUUGAAACGGGUCAGAACUGACCCGGACGAGUUACAGCGCGUCAGAACUGACCCAGACGAGUUUAAGCGUGGCAGAACUGACCCAGACGAGUUUAAGCGUGGCAGAACUGACCCAGACGAGUUUAAGCUUGGCAGAACUGACCCAGACGAGUUUAAGCCAGACCACUUCAAACCAAUCCGAACUGACCUUGACCAGUUUGAGCCGGUCCAAACGGACCCCGACUUGAUUAAAUCAGCCAAGGUUGACCAGGUAGGGAAGAGAGAUGCAGGGGUUGGGCAAGACAGGGGCUCGGGAAGGGAGGACAAGCCCAGGAGAGAUGAGGUGAAAGCUCUAGACACAAAGCAUGAGAAGAGGAGGAGGAAGGAGAGAAAAGAGGAGAGGAGCCAGUCUGAUAAGGAGAUGGAUACGUCUCAAAAUAAAUCUCCCAGAGUGGAGCUCCCUGACACCCCCAAACCCUGUGACCCCAAACCCUGUGACCCCGACACGGACACAGAGAAAGAGAAGCAGAGAGAGAAGGAGAGGGCUCCCACAAGGCCUCUGGUGGAGAGGGAGAUGAAGGGAGAAGGAGGCAAGAGGGCUGGAGCAUGCAUGAUUGUGGGUGUGGCCGGAUCUAAGACAGCCAAUCAGAGCAGUUCUUUGAAGGGAAGAGCAGAGAGGAGCAAAGCGAAGAGAAGCCGGAAGGUGUUAACAGCCGACAUACCAAGAGUCACAGUGGACUACAUGAGCACCAGUUCCCCAGGAAGCAGUAGUCCUGCACGUGGGAGAACGGGAGUGGACAGAACCGAGAAGAAGACUGUGGUUAAAACCCUGGAGGAAUACACCAACGACAGCUCUGCUCCCGCUGAAGACCAGAUCGUUCUCAUUCAGGUCCCUCGCUCUAAGUGGGAGGACGAGGACUACCAAUCGGAGGAAGAAGAGGGAGGGGUCAGGGUUCCACUCCGGCCCUUGCUCACACCCCCUCUCCCGUUCCCUCCGGCACCACAAAUCACCGUGACGACUGAGAGCACAGUGGGAAGAGACCGGGUGAGAGCUAAAGAGAAGGACUCGCCCAAAUCAGAGAGAACCCCUACACCUUCUAGUGGCACAGACCGAGAAGACUGCCACACACCUGAGAAAGACAAGGAGGUGGAAAGAUUAAGGGAGAGAGAGAAGGAGAGAGAGAGGGAGCGUCUUAAGGAGAAGGAACGGGAAAGGGAGAGGUUUAAAGAACGGGACAGAGAGAAGUUCAGAGAAAGGGAGAGGGAACAGAGUCGUGACAAAGAGAUGGACAGACUGAGAAAGCUUCCUCCCUCUUCCUCUCAGAGAAGAGAGAGGGAACGGGAGAGGGCUGGGGAGAGAGGGAGUGACCACAGCAGUGUGAAGAGCUCCUCUUCCUCCUCACACUCUUCCUCACGUGACCGAAAACCCUCCACCUUCUCCAGGGACCACAGUGCAACCUCUUCCUCUGACCGCAGACAGCCAGACCACACCGCCAGAGACCAUCAAGAUCACAAGCAGAGAGACCAUAAAGACCACUUUCACCACAACCCCACCACAACGGACCGCAGACAGAGAGACCACCUCCUCCCUAAACACAAGGACUCCACUGACCGCAGACCACCUAAUGACCGAGAGAACAACAGAGAACAGAAAGACUGUCCGGACACCAGGCAGAGAGACUACAAAGACCACCCUGACUACAAACGCAGAGACCAUAAAGACCGCAACACCACUGAUGCUCACAGCAGACCACUCGACAGCAGAGAGACCGGUAAAGACUCUCCACCCUCCAAGAGAUACCCAUCGGAACCAUCUACCUCCAGCACCCGGAGAGCCCAGGGAAGGUCUGAGCCGGCAAGGCCCAGAGAGACCAGCCCUGGCUGGGACACCAGGCAGGACAGACAUGCCACUCCUCCGGUACCCAGAUCCAUGGAGAGCCAACUUAGGGAGGGAGAAGUGGAGGAGCCCAGAGACCAAGAGGGCUCAUCGGCAGGGAGAGAGAGCCACCAGACCAGCCUGGGAGCCAGAGAGCCAGACCAAAGUGGAAAGAUUAUCUUACAACCUGACUCAGACAACCAGACACUCCUACCUGCACAACCCCUACCUGCCCUGAUUCUAACACAGACCCCACUUACCACACCACCACAAAUUCUCCCACUGCCCCUUAAGACUGACAACAGAGCCGGGGUACCCCGAGCCGUCAGGGAGAGAGAAAGAAAGAAGGAGAGAGAGCGGGAGGUGGAGAAGGCGAGACAGAAGAUGGAGUGGGCUGUGGAGGAGAUUGGUGGGAGGACUGGUGGUGAGAGGGAGAACGAGAGGGAGGAGAGAGGGGGGAAGAAAAGAGAGAGGGAGGAGAGAGAGGUGAAGAAAGGAGAGAAGGAGGAGAAAGAAAGGAAGAAAGAGACAGAGAGGGAGCACCCUCCGGUCAUACCCCCUCCAUCCAUCCCUUCUUCCAGACCUCCUGAUCUGAUCCCAGAGACUGAUGAAGCAGCCUUUGAGCCAGACUACAGCGAGGGAGAGAUCUCCGAAGGGGCGGAGGAGAGAGUAGGAGCAAGAGUAGAGGGAGAGCGAGUAGUGGAAGGGGGGAGCAGCAGGAGUCGCAGCAGUAGUGCCAGCUCCGCCGGCAGCCCAGGAACCAGGAAAGACAAGAAGAAGAAAGACAAAAAGGAGAGGAAAAAACACAAGAAGCACAAGAAACACAAAAAGCAGAAGAAACAGGUGAACCUGGAGUCAGAUGAGGGAGAGAUCCAAGCACUGAAACACAAACACAAGAAGAAGAAAGGCAAGAAAAACAAGGAGAAAGACUGGGAGACAGGGAAAGAGGAGAACAAUGGAGAGAAAGAUGAGUCCCAUGAGGAGGAGCAGAGAGAAGACCAAAUGGCUAGCCUGGCCUUGUAAGACGUCAAUAUGAAGUCUGUCUCAGACAACCUGUUCCCGGUCUAGUGUCAGGACCCUGCAGGACACCAGAUGAGGAGUAGGGGUCAAUUUGGGAGGUUCCCGACCUCUGUCAGUAAACUAGUCUCAGAGGGUCGGCCCGUCUGCGGUCCAAAUGGCACAGUGUUCCCUUUGAAGUGCACCCCAAGCCAAUGACUCCUGUUCCACAGUGGGGACCUUUCUAGGGAACUGGGGUGCUGUUUGCAGACCAGCGAUAGUGGAAGACUCACUCAGCUCAGCGAGUUGUUCACUUCAGAUAUAGAGAUUUAGGUUUGCUGAGGAUUUGAAUUAAUUUAAAGUAAUUUAGUGCUGAUGUACAAAAUGUUAUUUUUGACUGCUGACUAAGGACGCUGCUUGGGGCAACUGGGUUUACUUGAAUGAUGGUUGGAACUUUUUUGUGUUUAAAAAUAAAUAUCUAAUUGAUCUGUUUUUUUCCACCACAAAGUCCUGAGGUGUGUGUCCCAAAUGCUCCCGUGUUCCCGAUUUGUUCACCAAGGCUGAAACAGGGCCGAUUUGGGACACUGAUAAAAGACCUUUGUACCAAAUACCAAAUCAUAAUAUGCAUUCUUUAGUGAAAACCUGUAAGGAAGAAGUAGAGCACUUUACAGAGAUAUGCAAAUGAAUGUCACCCUGCUGUGAUCAGACCAAGGUACUGAAGGCCCUAGUGUGGGCAGGAGGAUUGCAAAAUCAUUGUACCUUUACCAAAAUACAGACUUCCCAGAAAUCCCAGUCGGUAGUUUCCAGAUUUCCAUUUUUUUCCUUACUGAAUCUUCCUAACAGGAUUUCUGUAAAACCUUGGAAUUUUGAGAAAUUGUUUUGCAGCCCUAGUUGUAAUUUGUGUCCCAUAUCUUACAGCACCUGAAUUAAUUUUAUUUAUACAAUUAUGACAAUAUGUGAAUAUUGUUGCUAUUAGAGCUGGACUUGGUAGAGACGCACUGGAGAGUGUAGGGUCUGUUGGUCUGAAUGGUACAUGCUUAUGCACUGUGAAAGUCCAUCUAUCUAUACCAUUUUCUGUUUUUGUUUUGCAUAUACCGCUGUUUAAUUUAGAUACCAGCUGAAUAAAUACCAGAGGGGAACUGUUUCUCUUGUUUUGAAAAUAAUAAAAAAUAAAAACAUUUCAGCAAAAU